AUGGCGGGGCGGGGCGGGCGCGGCCGGGCCGGCAGAGGAGGAGAGGUGGGCUCAGAGCCCCGGUGCCGGUGCCGGUGCCGGUGCCGCCGCCGCUGCGCCCCGCAGCCGCCCGCCGCCCGCCGCCAUCUUGGCCCCCAGCGCGGCUGCAGCGGGCCGGGCGCAGCGCGCGUGCGCGGCAGGCGCAGGGAGGGGGCGGGCGAGGCCCUAUUGGACAGGCGCGGGGAUGGGGGCGGGGCCGAGCGGGGAGGGGGCGGGGCAGGGCUCAGGGGCGGGGCUCCCGAAGGGGCGUGGCGCCCCGAGGGGGCGUGGUUCGGGGCAGUGGGCGUGGCCUGCCGCAGGGAGGGGCCGCGGCGGGAGGGGUCCCCGGGAUGGGCAGGUGGAGAGUGCUGGGGACGGGGGAGAGAGGAGCCGGCGGGGAGGGACCGCCCGCUGCGGGGGACCGAACCCACGCACACCCCGGGCACGGUUUCCCCAGAGGCUCCUCCCUGGCCCCUCCCGCUCCUGCCGGCCCUAUUUAACCGGGAGCGGGACGGGAGCGGCCGCAGCGAGCCGGGCACGGAGCCACCGCGCCCCCGCCACUUGCCCGCCGCACCGGUACCCCCUCCCGGCGCAGCCCCCCGGUGCGGCCCCGCCAUGAGAGCCCGGUGGGCACUGCGCUGCUGCCUCAGCCUGCUGCUGCCGCUGCUGCGCCUGCCCCGCGCCGCCCGCGCCAGAGCCCACCCGGAGCAGGGACCUGCCCUGCCCUCACUCCUCGGGGACCACCCUGGAAUGCUGCCACCCACCCUGGCACAGCCCACAGGCAGCCCCCAGCACAGGGUGAUCACUUCAAAGCUGGCACCUCAGCUCGGCGCCCACCUGGCACUCCAGCACAAGCUGCUCGCCCCCAAGCUGGCACCUGGGCGCAGACUGCUUGCCCUGAGGCUCUCUCCACACCGUGGUGCCCGCCUGGCACCCCAGCAGAGACUGCUCGCUCCAAAGCUGCCACCUUGGCUUGGUGCCCACUUGGCACCCUGGCACAAGCAUCUGACCUCGAAGUUCACCCCACAGCUCCGACUGCUGACCCCACAGCUGGCACCUCGCCUCGGUGCCCACUUGGCACCCCAGGAUGGACUGCUGCCCCCGCAGCUGGCACCUCGCCUCGGUGCCCACCGGCGCAGGCUGCUGACCCCACAGCUGGCAGCCCGCUUCCACCUCGGUGCCCGCCUCGGUGCCCGCCGUGCCCAGGGUGCCCGCCGUGCCCAGGGUGCCCGCAGCCGGCGGCAUGCCGGAGGGCAGCUGGUGCGGGUGGGCUGCGUGCUGGGCACGUGCCAGGUGCAGAACCUGAGCCACCGCCUGUGGCAGCUGGUGGGGCACCCUGGGCACCGCGACCUGGCCCCCGUCAACCCCAACAGCCCCCAUAGCUACGGCUGAGGGCACCAGGGCGGGCACCUCGCCAGGCACCCCCUGCUCAGCCAAUGCCAGAUGUGCCCAGGGUCCCCUCUUGAGGGGGUGCCCGGUGCCACUUUGCAGCCCUGGUGGCCCCAACAGGGACAUGUGGCCUACGGAAGAGGGAGAGGGGACAGCGGGCACAGGAUGGGCACCUUGUGCCAGGGCUGUGGAAAGGCAUCAGGGGGUCCCCAGGACCAGGGGACAGUGGGCACAGGGUGGGCAACCUGUGCCAGGGCUGUAGGAGGGCAUCCAGGGGUCUCUAGGAUGAGGAAACAGGAGCCAGUGGGCAUAGAGUGGGCAUCUCAUACCAGCAUUGUGGGAUGGCAUCAGGGAAUCCCUAGGAUGAAGGGACAGUGGGCACAGGGUGGGCACCUUGUGCCAGGGCUGUGGAAAUGCAUCAGGAUGUCCCCAGGACCAGGGGACAGGGGGCACAGAGUGGGCACCUUGUGCCACAGGCGUGGCAUGGCAUCAGGGGGUCCCCAGGGUGAGGGCACAGGGUGGCACCUCAUGCCAAGGCCGUGGGAUGACCCCAAUGCCAUCAGGGCACCGAGAUGCCCACAGGGGUGGCUUGGUGACCCGAGGUGGCCUUUUGUGCCUGCUCUGGCUGGGACAGGGCAUGAGUCCAAGGGGCACUGGGGGGCGUGGGGUGGCACUGGUGGCACUGGUGCUGACUCCAGCCCCAUGCCGUGCCCAGCCAGGGUGGCACAGCUCCCCCCCCACUACCCUGGAGGGCCCAGCAGCGGGUGAGGGGCACCCACGGAGGUCCCAAGCUGGCACAUUAAGGGUGGGAGUGCCUUGCCCUGUGCCCACCCCCUCCAGUGCCCAGCGUUUGAGCUGAAGGAUGCACUGCCCACGUGGGCACCUGCUUGACUGUGUCCCACAGCACCCUUGGGUGCCCUCGAGGCUGUGGGCAACCCAGGUUGGCACCAGGGUGGGAGUGGGCACUGCAUGGCAUUUUGGGUGCAAACUGGAUGGGUUUGUGUCAAAUAAAAUCCAUGAGGAGCUGGCACA